UCAAUGGCAAGGUGGCUCUGGUCACCGGCGGGGCGCAGGGCAUCGGCAGGGCUUUCGUCCAGGCGCUGCUGGGCAAGGGCGCGAAGGUAGCCCUGCUGGACCGCAACUCCGAGGCCGGGCAGGAGGGCAAGGCGGCCCUGGACGAGCAGUUUGAAGCGCAGAGGACGGUGUUCAUCCAGUGCGACGUUACGGACCAGGAGCAGCUGAAAGGUGCUUUCAAAAAAGUAAUUGAACAUUUUGGAAGGCUGGAUAUUGUGGUUAAUAAUGCUGGAGUGAAUAAUGAGAAGGACUGGGAAAGCACUAUACAAAUUAACUUGACAUCUGUGAUUAGAGGAACCUACCUCGGCCUUGAAUACAUGAGAAAAGGAAAUGGAGGCGACGGAGGCGUAAUCAUUAAUAUCUCGUCUUUGGCAGGACUCAUGCCUGCUGCAUUCCAACCUGUGUACUGUGCUACAAAGCAUGGUGUAAUUGGAUUCACACGGUCAAUAGCAUUAGCUGCUAAUAUGGAAAACUACGGUGUGAGACUCAACACAAUUUGUCCAGGAUUUGUCAACACACCGAUUCUUCAGUCAAUAGAUAAAGAAGAGAAUAUGGGACAAUUUUUUUCAUAUAAGGAUGAGAUCAAAAAUAUGAUGCAGUUCUAUGGCGUGAUGGACCCAUCAAUAAUUGCUGAGGGACUGAUAACAAUAAUUGAAGAUGACACUCUAAAUGGGGAAGUUAUGAAGAUUACAGCAUCCCAAGGGAUUCAUUUUCAACAAUACAGUCAAACACCUUUUACGUCAAAGAGAUAAAUAAUUGUUUAAUGCUAAUUAUUUUUGGCUUUUCUUAAAUAUAAAAAAUUUUGAAAAUAUUCAUUUUUUGAAAAAAAGGUUAAUGUUGUAUCUAGAGCAGAGACAGUAUUCAAACAUUCGCAAGCUAAUAACAAAGAGAUGGACAAGGAAAUCUGGUGUGGGAAGAUGUUACCAUCCUAUUUUGAUUCUAUAAGUACUAAUAAUAGUAUUUAUUCAGUAGAAUAAACACACUGCUCUGAAGAUUUUUGAUUAUGUAGUAACAGGGGCCAGUUUUUUCCUUCUGGUAGUUCUGAUCUACAUACUCCAAGUGUAUUUUGGUGGACCUGACUUACUUUGUAUAAUUCUUUUCACUGUCAUAAUCGUCUCCUUAUUUACAUCUUGAAUUCUUCAGACCAGGAAUUCGGUUCAGGAAUCUAGAACACAAAUGUAACUAUAAGGAGUUAAGAAUUUCCUUUUUCUUAGGAAAUGUAAAAUAGAACAAGAGGCAAAAUUCUUUUCCUCAUUUAUAUAUGCAACUGAAUAUGUUGCAUAUCCCACAAGAAAGUACAGAUUUUUAUCUUCUUGGAUUCUAGCUAUUUAUAAAAUAGUUCAGAAAUAUUUUUGUUUUCUCUUAUAGAUAGAUAUAUAUGAAUUUUCUCUCUGUAUAUACAAGGAUGAAUACUUUGGCAUUGAUUGAAAUGUCUACUUACCCAUUAAAUCUCAUUUUCUAAACCUUUAAAUCUAACUUCUUGCCUUGAUUGAUUAAAACCUCAGUUAAAUCCUG